GAGCCCGCGCAUCGGCGAAUAAAUGCCCAAUCUCACACCCUCUCCUGCAAGGCUGGAUGCCGCUCUAAUAAAGAAUAUCCAGCCUUACGCUCCAGGGGCUAUGGGGGGUUUCCUGUUCCUGAGAGGGCGGUGCGGGGAGCUCGAGAUUUUUUGUAUCAGCAUAUCAUUCCGAGUCAUACACGUACAAAACAUACACGCAGAUUUCACGACUCACUCCUCACCGCUGGACCAAACUGGUUCUAAUUCAGCAUGAUGAAUGUUGAGGAACCUCAUGUCAAUGGGACCACCACGCCCACCACACCCAAGCGGACAUCUGGUCUAGCGAUGACUGAAUACACCGCCAAUCCGACACCACCCUCCGAACGAGCAGACACACCUUCCUACGAUGUUCCUGCAGACUUCCUCCUUCCAAACGGUCAUCCCGACUACUUGAGAUUGAUCCUCACCUCCCGAGUGUACGAUGUGAUCUCCGAGAGUCCUCUCUCACACGCUAUCAACCUAUCCAAUCGCCUCGAAUGCAAAGUACUCUUGAAAAGAGAAGAUCUCCUGCCAGUCUUCUCCUUUAAACUACGAGGCGCAUAUAACAAGAUGGCACAUCUGCCACCCAAGAGCAGAUGGAAAGGUGUCGUUGCAUGCUCGGCAGGUAAUCAUGCUCAAGGCGUAGCCUAUUCUGCCAGACAUCUUAAAAUCCCGGCCACAAUUGUUAUGCCCCAAGGAACACCAGACAUCAAGCACAAGAACGUCAGCAGGAUGGGUGGAAGUGUGGUACUACAUGGGGCCGAUUUUGACUCUGCAAAAGAACACUGUCAUGCUCUCGAGAAGCAACACGGUUUGACCAACAUCCCUCCAUUCGACGACCCAUAUGUCAUCGCAGGCCAGGGAACGAUAGGAAUGGAGUUACUGAGACAGUCAUCGUUACAGAAGCUGAAGGCAAUCUUCUGCUGCGUAGGUGGCGGCGGUCUUAUCUCCGGGAUUGGUGUCUAUGUCAAGAGAAUAGCACCUCAUAUCAAAAUCAUUGGCGUUGAGGCCUCGGAGGCCAACGCGCUCGUAGAGUCUCUGAAACAAGGCAAAAGAGUCCUUUUGAAAGACGUCGGGGUUUUCGCAGAUGGUGCAGCUGUCAAGACAGUUGGCGAAGAGACAUUCAGAAUAUGUCAGGAAGUGGUCGAUGAAGUUAUCGAAGUCGGCACAGAUGAGAUUUGUGCUGCCAUCAAAGACGUCUUCGAGGAUACCCGAUCUGUAUUGGAGCCGGCUGGGGCGUUGUCCCUGGCAGGACUGAAGAAAUGGGUUUCGCAGAAUCCGUCAGACGAUGUGGGCAGAGAGCUCGUGGCAGUGUGCAGCGGUGCCAACAUGAACUUCGACCGGCUGCGCUUUGUCGCCGAGCGUGCUACAUUCGGUGAGCAAAAGGAGGCUUUACUGUCUGUCACAAUUCCAGAACGUCCGGGUUCUUUUGCGCAACUAGUCGAAGCAGUCUUGCCUCAAGCGGUCACCGAGUUCGGCUACCGGCUCGCAACCAGCGACAAGGCACACGUUUUAAUGGGUAUAACAGUAUCAUCAGCGGGAGCACGAGCGAAAGAGCUCGAGUCGCUCUUCUCAAGAUUGUCAGCUGAAGGCAUGGAAGCCACAGACAUUUCCGGCGACGAGCUUGCCAAAACGCAUAUACGCUAUCUCCUUGGUGGAAGAUCAGACAUCAAAGAGGAGAGGCUAUUCAUGUUCGAGUUCCCCGAACGCCCCGGUGCGCUUUUCAAAUUUCUGCGGACUCUGCGACCUGGCCAGAAUAUCAGUUUAUUCCACUACCGCAAUUACGGCGGAGACAUGGGUAAGAUCUUGGCAGGCAUUCAGUGUCCUGAGUCAGAAAGGGAUGAGCUGGAGGGCUUCCUCAAUGAUAUCGGGUAUCCCUUCACCGAGUGCACCGACAGUGCCACGUACAAGAUGUUUCUGCGCAAUUAGAUGAGAAGACAAAAGCACAUUGGAUGAGAAAAUCUUUCGGAUAGUGAUACCCAUUGUAUGGCGCUUAGGAGGGACGAAAUACUGGUAUUUCCUCUGGACAUAGUAUAAGCGGUGUACGUGGUAUAUUUAGGAUGAACAGCACAACUUAGUCGAAUGGUGAUCUACCCCGUCCAAACCAAU